CUUGUGUCUAUUCUAAGAUGGCGCUGUAAAAGCCAAGGUUUGUUUUCCAUGGGUGCAAAGUAUGUUUAAGUGCAUUAACCGAACUGCCCAGUAUACCAGAUAUCUCCAGUCAGCAGGUACCGGUUUCCAUCUUAACCAAGAUUUUAGGCUGGUGUCAUCCUUGCCACUCAGAAUGACCGACCCGGCUGUGAAGAGGGUGGUUAGUGACAUAAUUCGCUCUCCCGAGGACAAACGGGUUUACAGGGGCCUAGCGUUUACCAAUGGCCUUAAGGCCAUGCUCAUCAGUGACCCAACAACAGACAAAUCCUCAGCUGCUUUGGAUGUCCACAUAGGUUCAUUAUCGGACCCAGGGAAUAUCUCGGGCCUGGCGCACUUUUGUGAGCACAUGCUGUUCCUGGGAACAAAGAAGUAUCCAAAGGAGAAUGAGUACAGCCAGUUCCUCAGCGAGCAUGCCGGCAGCUCCAAUGCCUUCACCAGUGGAGAGCAUACCAACUACUACUUUGAUGUAUCCCAUGAGCACUUGCAAGGAGCGCUAGAUAGAUUUGCCCAGUUCUUUUUGUGCCCACUGUUUGAUGAGAGCUGUAAGGACCGCGAGGUGAAUGCUGUGGACUCGGAGCAUGAGAAGAACCUUAUGAAUGAUGCCUGGAGGCUGUUUCAGUUGGAGAAGGCCACUGGCAACCCCAACCACCCCUUCAGUAAAUUUGGAACAGGUAACAAAUUGACUCUUGAAACCAGACCAUCCAAAGAUGGGGUUGACAUCCGUCAAGAGCUCCUGACAUUUCACUCUACAUAUUACUCUUCUAACCUCAUGGGACUGUGUGUGUUAGGAAGAGAAUCAUUGGAUGAGUUGACUUCCAUGGUGGUUAACCUUUUUGGAGAAGUGGAGAACAAGAAUGUGCCUAUCCCAGAAUUCCCUGAGCACCCCUUCCAGGAAGAACACCUCAGACAAUUCUACAAAGUGGUGCCUAUCAAAGACAUCAGGAACCUGUAUGUGACCUUCCCCAUCCCGGACCUACAGAAGUACUACAAGUCUAACCCAGGGCAUUAUCUGGGACAUCUGAUUGGCCAUGAAGGACCUGGAAGUUUGUUGUCUGAGCUAAAAUCUAAAGGCUGGGUGAACACACUUGUUGGAGGGCAGAAAGAAGGAGCCAGAGGAUUCAUGUUCUUUAUCAUCAAUGUGGAUCUGACUGAGGAGGGCCUCUUGCACGUUGAGGACAUCAUUUUCCACAUGUUCCAAUAUAUCCAGAAACUGCGAACUGAGGGGCCGCAGGAGUGGGUGUUUGAGGAGUGCAAGGAUUUAAACAAAGUGGCCUUCAGGUUCAAGGACAAGGAGAGACCCCGUGGCUACACUUCCAAAGUGGCCGGUUUACUACAUUACUACCCUCUUGAAGAGGUUCUGGCAGCAGAGUACCUUUUGGAGGACUUCAGACCAGAUCUGAUCGAGAUGGUGCUGGAUAAGCUGAGACCAGAACAUGUCAGAGUUGCAGUGGUGUCAAAGUCAUUUGAAGGGCAAACAGACAAGACAGAAGAAUGGUAUGGCACGCAGUACAAACAGGAAGCCAUCUCUGAAGAGUCCAUGGAGAAAUGGGCAAAUGCAGACCUCAAUGGCAAGUUCAAAUUACCAAUGAAAAAUGAGUUCAUCCCCACCAACUUCGAGAUCUACCCUCUGGAGAAAGACCCUCCAUCAGUCCCCACUUUAAUCAAGGACACUGCCAUGAGCAAGGUGUGGUUCAAGCAGGAUGACAAGUUCUUUCUGCCCAAAGCAUGCCUGAACUUCGAGUUCUUCAGUCGCUACCUAUAUGCAGAUCCCCUGCACUGCAACAUGACCUACUUGUUACUCAGGUUACUGAAGGAUGAUUUAAAAGAGUAUACAUAUGCAGCCCGCCUGGCCGGGCUGGUGUAUGGCGUAGCCUCAGGGAUGAAUGCCAUCCUCCUGUCUGUUAAAGGUUACAGUGACAAACAGCACAUCCUGCUGAAGAAGAUCAUUGAAAAAAUGGCCACCUUUGAGAUAGAUGAGAAGCGCUUCGACAUUAUCAAGGAAGCGUACAUGAGGUCUUUGAAUAACUUCAGAGCUGAGCAGCCUCACCAGCACGCCAUGUACUACCUCCGUCUACUAAUGACUGAGGUUGCUUGGACCAAAGAUGAGCUCAGAGAGGCCCUGGAUGAUGUAACUCUCCCACGCCUCAAGGCCUUCAUACCUCAGCUAUUGUCACGGUUACAUAUUGAAGCUCUUCUCCAUGGCAACAUCACCAAGGAGUCUGCUCUUGGCAUGAUGCAAAUGGUGGAGGACACGCUCAUUGAGCACGCUCACACGAAGCCCCUCCUCCCGAGCCAACUGAUUCGCUACAGAGAGGUGCAGGUUCCAGAUGGAGGCUGGUAUGUUUACCAGCAGAGAAAUGAGGUGCACAACAACUGUGGCAUUGAGAUCUACUACCAGACAGAUAUGCAGACCACCCAUGACAACAUGCUGCUGGAGCUGUUUUGUCAGAUCAUCUCUGAGCCCUGCUUCAACACACUGAGAACCAAAGAGCAGCUGGGCUACAUUGUGUUCAGCGGGCCCCGGCGGGCUAAUGGAGUCCAAGGGCUGCGCUUUAUCAUGCAGUCGGAGAAAGCGCCCCACUACCUGGAGAGCCGCGUGGAGGCUUUCCUCUGCACCAUGGAGAAGGCUGUGGAGGAGAUGGGCGAGGAAGCCUUCCAGAAACACAUCCAGGCCCUGGCCAUCCGCCGCCUGGACAAGCCUAAGAAGCUGUCCGCUGAGUGCGCCAAGUACUGGGGGGAGAUCAUCUCUCAGCAGUAUAAUUUUGACAGAGAUAACAUUGAAGUGGCAUAUUUGAAGACUUUGACAAAAGAAAAUAUAAUGCAAUUCUACAGAGAACGACUGACGGUCGACGCCCCGAAGAGACACAAGGUGUCCGUACACGUCCUGUCCAGAGAGAUGGACUCCUGUCCAAUAGUGGGAGAGUUCCCUGCUCAGAAUGAUGUCAACCUGGCUCCUGCUCCCUCCCUGCCACAGCCCACGUUGGUUCAGGACAUGACGGAGUUCAAGAGGAGCCUGCCUCUGUUCCCUCUGGUCAAACCUCACAUCAACUUCAUGGCUGCCAAACUGUGAGUGAGUCCGGCAGGUCGACACGCAGCAGCAGCACGGGGGCGCCGGGGGAGGGCGGCUGCGAGGGACCCCGCUCAGUUUCCCACCUACAUAUCCCCCACCAUCCUCCUCCUCCUCCCAUCAGGAAGACUCUUAUCUGACUGAGCCUGCGUGAGUGUGUGUGUGUGUUUGUGUGGGUGCGUGUAUGCGCGUGUGUGUGUGUGCACGUGCAUGUGCACGUGUGGCAGGCUGGGGCCACUAGAAGAGAUGCUUGGAAACAAAUGCGUGUAUUUGAAUCACAAAGUUAGCCGUGGUUGUCAACAUAGCUGUGAUAACAAUAGAGGUCACACCAGACUCACCUCAUGUUCAAAUCUCUAAAAGGAGAUGAAACACUCACACGCAUCACAAUACUGUGUAGGUUGUUGUAGAAGAUAUAGAAACAACCUGAAAAAAAAAAAAAGAUGAGGGCCAGAUCCCUUUAAACAAGUUUGAGUAUACUGCAGAAGCUUCACACUAGGAGGCGUUUUAUUUGAAUUAUUCAGACAUGCUGCUUGGAGAAUGGAUAGCUGGUUUAUUGUGAUGAGCUGUGGGCUGCAGAGGUUGACCACACUAGGUCCAUGAAGGUCUCCUCUUUUUAUUUGUCGGACUGCUUUGUUUGCCAUGUAACUCUGGGAGGCACCGCGACUCUCCUGAAAACGUUAUCACAAAAGACGCACUCGGUUCAAACGGAACAUUUUAUUCAAAUUUAUGCAUUUCUGAAGAAUAUCUGCCUUUAUAAUUACGGUUUUAAUCCUCGCUGCUUUUGAAUUUUUUUAUAAUUUUAUUUUUUUGCUUGUAAACUGGUAAAAUGUUGGGACCCUUUGAGGAGCUGUUUUUAAAUUGCUAAUCACAGAGAACCAUGCCCGUGGAAAUGAGUUUUUAUUUUUUAUUGCAUUUUACAGUAGUGUGUGAUUCAGACAUCUCAGGGGUACCUCCAUGCUGUUUUAUUUUUACAUUAAAUUUUAUUAGUGAGUGAUUAAAAUACAAAACACUUUUAUCAGUCUGUCAUCUGCAUCAGAAGUUUGUUCACUAAAUGUGAUCAAACACUUUUUAGUCUCCAAGUUUUUUUGUAGAACUCAAAGGACUUAUUGGCUGUAGAGAUGAACAGUUUUAUUUUUGCUCUCUGUGUCUGCAUGUGAGACAUUCUGCAGCUUGUGCCUUUCCAGGGGGGCAUCAAUUACUUUGUAUCUGGCUGCUCUUGGUCUGAUCCGGGGCAGAAUCCUGGAAGAUCUGACACCCCCAACCCACCCACCGCCACCAACCCCACCCCCAAAAAAAAAAAAAAAAAAAAAAUGCUGGACUGUGCACCGGCUCUUACAGCGUAGAUCAAAAAACAAAAAGCAGCUAGACUUUUUCUGACAGGAAAUAUUACACUUAUGAAGGGGAGGGUUAGAGAAAAGCUCCGGUCUGGAUUUCUUUCUGAAUAUAUGCACUUCUCUCUCAAAGCAAUAACUUCAGUGAUGUAGACGGUGAACAGUGUGAGGCAGAAUGAGAUGUAGCCCAGAGGAGCUGGAUCCACACUGGUCCCAGGCUCCGGCCUAAACCGCGGAGAGGACUGUGUCUGUUCUGCGUGAAUAGUGAUGUCAGUGCCGUGCAAGCGUGACCUGCUCUCAGGUGCUAACUUAAAAAAAAAAAAAACUAAAAAAAAAAAAAAACACUGCUGGUAGAGCUGCCAACCACUCUCUUCAAACAGCCAAAAAAAGAGUUAGGAUUUAUUUUUUCCCCGUCUCUCCUCCACCACACCUGCGCUCAGGUCUAGUUCAUCGCUCACUCACUCGAUGCUGCGAAGAUUUAAAGCGUGACUUCAGGUUGGAAAGUUGUAAGGCAGGACCUGUAGGACUGUGCUGUAUCUAAAGCUUCUUCAAUGUUUUCCAGCAUUUUACUACGUCACAUCAAAACAACUUCAAUCUUUUUAAAUUUUCAAAUGAGACCCUGUGUCAUCGUAAACUGCUACUGCGUUAAAAGGCACUAUUACCUUGUGGUUAAAACCCAAAGACAACCAGCAGCAGGAGCAGCAGCUUGCCUUAGGUCGUCUCUCACUCCCACAGGCAGUAGCUCGACGGCGUCUGCGGCAGUGACGAAGCCGUUUCCAUGCAGUGUUCGGAAGAAACUGGCAGCAUCACAUAUCAGGCUUGGAUGGGCCAUGCACUGUUUACCUUGUGAAGUACCUAGUGAUCGGUUUACAUUUAGAAAAUCAGAAGCUUUUUUAAUUUCUGGAUGUCUCUGGCAACACGGGACUGCGAUUGGCUGGUUGGGUUCAUGGGCUGAUGAUAAGAGUGCUGAUGUUUUUGAGUUUUUUCAUUGUCUCCUGUGUGUUUCUAAUUAAUAAACAAUUGAAUGGAA